AUGGACAAAGAAGCAUGCGACUCAACGUUUGAAAGGCUUAUAGUAAACAAUUAUUAUUAUUUAGAAAGACAAAGAAACAAUUAUGACGGAUAUGGCGAGCGUGAGCACCUGGUGGUGGAUCCUAACGUUGACCCAGGCACCUGUGGCUCUGCAAGUUUCAGUGGUUUGGCAUUUUUACAAACACCCAGUGGGCAUGCUAUUAUCGCCGGAUUAAUGCUGCAGCGGUGGUGGAAAUCUUCCAACAAAAACCAAGAUAUCUGGUGUUCGAGAGCAACCAGCGGGCGGUUGGGCGGCGGGCUCGGCAUCACCGGAGGAGGGCCUCGGUGCAGGGAGGAUGUUUGCGCGCCUCCAUCUCCGGCUGAUCUAUUCGACAACACAAUUGCGACCCCUACGAAUUCAUCACUGCCUGCACAGCAAGAAGUGGUGCAUUUGAUCUCCGAUGGCCAGCCCACCUCGGUGGUCGUGGCCCACGAACGCCCCGCCGCCGACACCGCGCCGUCCAUUGUAGGCGGGCUAAUGUAUCGAGGUUCUGCUGAUAGCUCCUUCUUCGGAAGCUAUAUCUACCUGCACAACUCUGUCGUUUGGGCGGCUGUGGAGUCGCCGUUGGGCAGCAGGCACUACGCCCCCACCCAAAUCACCCGGGUGAUGUGUUCGUCCACUAGCCCCUUCCCCUGCCGCGGCGACAACAUUCCUUGGGACAGUGGCUUACACGAUCAGGUUACUGAUAAUUGGAACAUGGUCAAUGUACGCUAG